AUGGCGUUGAUAUCGUUGAUGUUCAUUGUACUUUGUUUGUCUGAUGUGUCUGAAACAACGGAGUCCGCGUGUUCCUCUUUCAACUACGAGGAGAAAUUGUUGGAAAAGAUGGUUAGAAAUGAAUUAAAAAUGGAGCAGGCACUGAAACGUAUAGAUGAUGUUGAAGGACUAAUGCUCAGACAGAACCGAACAAUUCAAGGCGCAAUUGCUUCUUUAAAAGAAAUCGAAGCAAGGCUUGAUUCCAAACUGUCGAUGUCCUCAACAGGAGCAACAUAUAUCCGAUGGGGUCGUGCAUCGUGUCCUCAUUCGAACAACAGUCUCGUGUACCAUGGAUUUGCAGCGGGAACUGCACAUUCAUUCAGCGGAGGAGCCGCUGACUAUCAAUGUAUACCUGCCGAGCCUGAACUGGAAACUGUCGUCACAAGAGCUGACUAUAUAAGCAACAUUUACGCGUCAGAGUACCAGACACACUGA